AUGAUGGGGAAACUCCCCCUGGGGGUCGUCUCCCCUUACGUGAAAAUGAGUUCCGGGGGCUGCACAGACCCCCUGAAGUUCUACGCCACCAGCUACUGCAUAGCCUAUGGUCGGGAGGAGUUCAAGCCCCGCAUUGGCAGCCACAAAGGCACUGGCUACAAGUCGAAUUAUCGACCUGUGGUCUCAAACCAAGCCAGUCUCAAUGCCCUGGACAAUCCAGCCACAGGGGAACAGGUCCAGGACAAUUUCCAGUCAGUAACCAGUCAGAGUUACCGCCCCCUGGAGGUGCCUGAUGGCAAAAACCCACUGCCUGGCAGCUUGUACCAGACCACCUCCGGCUACUCUCUGGAGAAGGCCAAUUCGGUACCCCCCACCAAGGAGGUCAGAAAGGUCCAUUUUGACACCCAGGACUAUGGGCCUCAGUCCAUCACAGGGCUGGAGCCCAAGCACGUGCCCCUGCUUCACCAGCAGCAGAACAAGGGCUCCCUGGAGUGGGAGAACAACCGACACGGCCCACGCUUCAUGACGUCUGAGUAUAAUUCCAAGUAUCUCAAGGAGCUUUCAUGCCAGCCAGAUCUCUUGCAGAAGAAAUCUAUUGGUGCCAAGGAGGACACCGGCUUCACCAAGGAAUCCACUAAGAACCCUAUUGUCUUCCAGCCGCCCUCUCAGGCCCUGCCUGGGGACCCAGUGCUCCUUCCCGGCCAGACUGUCACCAAGUCGGACUUUCUCCCUGUGACCUACCCUCAUGGGGAUGAGCUGCUGCCCCCGCUGGCCAGAGGCUCUGAGCGGGAGACGGGCUUCAGCCGAGUAAGUGAGAGGACUCUCAACUCCAGAGUGCGCCCUCCGGGCCCAGAACUCAGCAGCAUGAGCCACUGGCAGUUCCAGCACCCCCAGCGGGUGCAGCAGACAAAUGUCGCCCUGCCUGGCCGGGAGAUCGUGGGGAACAAGGAGCCCACAGGGUACAGCCUCAACAACACUAGCUACGUGCGGAGCCCCUGUGAUACGGACUUGGAUAACCACUACCUGACCACCUACAACCAAGGGUACUUUGAGAACAUCCCCAAGGGGCUAGACCGUGAAGGCUGGACUCGAGGUGGCAUCCAGCCGCAGAAGCCUGGAGGCUAUGCCCUCAACCAGCCAGUCACUCGCAUGGAGGCCACCCCCAACCCCACGGAGAACCUGAGGCACCUGCACCCCCACGUGGGGAGAACCCUGAUCUCAGCUGACCCCUUCUACUGCUCCGCACCUCACAGCAGCCGCUUCAACGCACCCUACUGA